AUUGGCCACAAAGGCUAACAGCUAAUACAUAUCCAUUUCUAACAAUGAAAACAAUAUUAACCUGACCAACAAUAACGAUUCUACAAUUUUGAUUUGUUGCAAAAAAAAAACUACCACAAUGCCAACGAACAAAACAAGACUGAGAAAGCAAACAAAACAAGGUGGUGUUUUUGAAAUUUUAAAAAAAAAAGGAUAGAAUUGUUGCGAUGAAAAAAAAAUCACAUCGUUCUCAAGAAUCAGCUGCUGUAUGUAGUCUGUUAUUUCCAUUCCAACUUUUAAGUAAAACUCGAUUAUCGCAGCAGGUUUGUCAUUUCACGUUACGUGGAGUAAUAUUCUUACACUGCUACAAAUAUCAUGUUCAACGUCGCAUUGUCAACCAUACUAUCGUGCGGAACUAAUCAGAUAUACAAGGAUGCUUUACUAUAUUAGAUCAAAAGAUUUGUUAAGAUAAUCCUUGACGUGAAGCUACUUUUAGCAGCCUAAAGAGAUACAGUGCAAUGAGGAUUUUAAAAUGUUGGCAUUCCAAAUAUGGCUUGUGUUUACAGAGACAUCGUGUUGCAGUUAUAAUACUUAUUAUUCUUCUAGUAACAUUGUGGCUAGCUUAUGUCAAGGCUUCCUGUUUUAAAACUGAAUUGGACCCAAAAUACUUACAUAUGCUACCAAGUGAAGAUGUGAUUCCAAUGCACAUGAAGAAAAAACACAAAGCAUUUGAACAUUCUGAAAAUGUGACACUAGUUACGGCUUAUUUCCAAUUAGACACCUUUAGAAAGGGUGGAAAUAGUCACGUAAACCCCAAUGUAUAUAAAAAGUGGUGUUCUGUUUAUUCUCGGAUUCUCAAUCCAGUCGUUUUCUUCACAGACUCUCCAGAGAUUCUCUCAAUGUUUAAAAAACUGCGAUCACCAAGUUUAGAUAACUUAACAAAAUUGAUCCUGGUUAAUCGAACAGACUUGUGGGCAUUUAGUCUGAAACCCCAAAUUGCUAAAAUAUUCAGUCAAGCUGAUUAUCCAAAAUUCCAUCCAAACACUGUGAUACCUGACUAUUCUUGUGUGAUGCAUGCUAAAUAUGAGCUACUCAAAAAGUCUAUCCAACAGAAUUAUUUUCACACAAACUUUUUUAUGUGGAUUGACUUUGGAUAUUUUCGCUAUGAAGUAAACAAAACAGAAAAAUUUGGCUUAAGUCUUCCAAAAGGAUUUGACUUCAGAAGUGUGGCUUUCAGCUUAGAAUGUAAUUUUCAGAAAAUACCUUUGAAAGAAAUAAUAUGGAAAAACCUUGUUUGGGUUGCUGGUGGUGCAAACCUUGGACAUUAUGAUGUCUUAACAAGAUUCUGUGAUGACUACAUUAGUAGUGUUAAAAGGGCUUUGAACCAAAACUUGAUGAGUACUGACCAACAAAUUAUAUAUGCUAUGAAUGUCUAUAGGAAUUGGUCAUCAGUGACUUUACAGCUUUGCCAUGCAGGUUGGUUUUGCUUAGGAUAUUUAGCAAAAGAUUCAUGGGAACAACAACACAAAUAAUCAUGUGAUAACUGCUGAUUUUUUUCUUUCAAGAUUUUUAUGUCUAUAAUUAUCAUUUAUUUCCAUAUUAUUUAUUUUCAUAAACAAUAUUUAUUUCUGUAAGGAAUAUUCCUGCAAUACAUCAGUUGACUACCGAGUGCUUGUUAUGAGAUGCAGCAUAAUGUAAAUUUGCUUUAUUCUUUUAUACUUUUUGUUUUUGACAAAUCAUUUUACUGAAUAUAUUCUGCAAACAUUUACUUGAA